AUGUUAGCCGAGGAGCCAUUCCUUCACGAAUCCCUGAUGCUUGAAAGAGAAGAAGGCUUGAGUGAGGAGGAGAAAAAGGAAGCAGAAUUGUGGUUUGCAAAGGAGCAGUACAAAGAGUCUUUCGACCUUGCAUAUCCUGAUGCGCCCAUAUCCAACCCAGAUGGUGAACUUGGUUCUCGCCUCGGGGGUCAUUCCAGGUUGGGACGACCUCAUUUUGGAAUGCAAUUCCCUUCUCAGUUCGGAUUUGGUGGUAAUGGUGGAUAUGCGAUGGGAAUGGUCUCAAAUAGUUCGGUAUAUGGUAGUGAAGAUGGACGUAUGUUAACUGGAAAUCGAAUGAGAAAUUUGACCGACGGGCUGCGUCGUGUACUUCCUUUCCCCGGUGCUUCAGUUGCUUUUGAACCAUCUUCAAACCACAGAGGCAGCGUUCAGCUUAUCAGGACGGACAGAGGUGACUGAUA